AUGACCGAUCGGAGAAGGCACGGAGCGGAUGGAUUUCACUUAGCAGGGAUGAAAAAUACAAUGACAAGCGUUGUAACCAGUUCUCAUAAUAUUCCACGAGAUACAACUGAUCUCCAACAACAAUUCACGCGAGAAGAUGUUCCAACCAAAGCUACUCAAUACACUCUUCUACAACUCAUCACUAUGGUACGAGAUAACCCGAUUCUAUAUGACGACGAAUUACAAGCACAGAUACCUGAUAAUCUGUUGAAAGCUCAGAAACGAGAAACUUGGGAUCGAAUACGUAAUGAUAUAGUGUGGCAGGAUGUAUCUCUUGUACAAGAAGUAUGGUCAGAUCUUCUUGAUCAAUAUGCCAGAAAAUCGAUGGAUAUGUCGGAUAAUCUUAUAGAAGCAAUGCGUUGGACUGAUUCCAUACUUAAUAAGAAAAAAAGCGAUUCUCGGCCUUCUUCGCAAUUGAACUCAAUGUCAUCGACACUCGACAAAAAUUUUUAUGCCGACGUUCCACUUGCCGAAGAUGUGUUAGAACCCGAGCAACCCAUUGGUAACACUUCACCAUCUCUCAAAUAUGAUUAUGUCGUUAUCCAACCACAAGUGAAUCAUGGACGAACGAGUUCCCAUCAAACGCAUCAGCCAAUUCAGAACAGUGCAUCUCAAUAUUCGAGAAGAAAAUCACCUUCACCAAGAGAAACCGAAGCGAUUGUCAGAACAUAUCCACUUUCCCCGAAAAGAACAAACCAUAGGAUGGAGAGUUCGCAAGAACCGAAAAUUCCACCUAUUCACGCCGAUAUCAAGAAAGAUAUACCCUCGAUGAAUUUUGGGCGGCAGUCAGUAUUGGUUGAAGUUGAACCAUCGUCAUCAUCUUAUUCAACUCCUAAUUCCAAAAUGUACAAAAUGGUGAACACUCAAAGAGGUUCAACGCCUCAAGCAACAGUGACUGUAACAUCAACUCGGAGAUUAGUGCAGUUGCCACAUCGAACAAGUAAUCUCGGUUUUGAAUCGAUGCCAGAUCAAUUGAUUGAACCCCCAAACAUGCAUGCCGAACCUCCAAAAAAGAAAAUGAUGAUGGACGUAGGGAAUCAUCAUCAACAUCACCAUCAUAUCCAUCAUCGAAACAAUACAAUGGUCGGGCCUAGCUCGUCAACAAUGCCGACAACUCGUUCUGAUGAUGCACUGCGGAAUACCAAAGUUAUGUCAGACGUAGUUCCGAUUGCUGACGACGAAAUUAUUCUGGACGCAAGCGGAGAGUGUAAAAUUGGACCUUCCGGGAUGUUGUUGGCUUCUCAACAACCAUCGAGUUCUCGAAAUCUCGAGUUGAAUCCGAAUAUGCCGUCUACAUCCGAGGAUGGAAUGCAGCAUUAUCAUCAUCAUGAAAUCGAGGACGGUGGAGUUGUGGAAGAAAUGGAUCAGCAAAUCGUCGGUGGCGCACAAUCAGAAGAAAUGGCAAUUCAGUAUGACGAAGAUCUCUCGUUUCAACAGCAUAUUAAUACAGUUUUAAAUAGGUUAAAUGAUGAAGACAAAGCCCUAAUGAAAUUCCAAAUGCAAAAAAUCAUUCUUGAUGCAAGAUUUGGCGUUGGCACAGCCAGAAACUUGCUGAAAGACGAAAUUUGCGAAGUGGAGCCACACGAUGAAAUCGAUCCCACUCAAAUGCCAAAUGAAGAACCAAUCUGA